GGGGGCGGGGUGAAAGGUCACAGCGCGGCGGCGGGUCGGGCUGGCGGCUGCGGUGGCGGAGGGCGGGAGGCGAGUGCCCCGCGUGCACGUGUGGAGAAGCGGCGGCACCAGCGCGGCGGCGGGAGGCACCCCCGCCCCCUCUGGAGACGCAGGGCCGCGCUCGACUCUCGCGGCCUCCGUCACCCGCUCAGCUCCCUGCCCUAAGCGAGGAGGCCGGCUUGCGGGGUGGAGUGGCCCGAGCUGAGGGCGCGGAGAGCUCAGGGCGGCGACGACAACGGCGUUGAUAUCGGUGGUAACAACGGCCUCAGCAGGCGGGGAAGAUGAAAGGUAGCCGGAUCGAGCUGGGAGAUGUGACACCACACAAUAUUAAGCAGUUGAAGAGAUUAAACCAGGUGAUCUUUCCAGUCAGCUACAAUGACAAGUUCUAUAAGGAUGUGCUGGAGGUUGGCGAGCUAGCAAAACUUGCCUAUUUCAAUGAUAUUGCAGUAGGUGCAGUAUGCUGUAGGGUGGAUCAUUCACAGAAUCAGAAGAGACUUUACAUCAUGACACUAGGAUGUCUGGCACCAUACCGAAGGCUAGGAAUAGGAACUAAAAUGUUAAAUCAUGUCUUAAACAUCUGUGAAAAAGAUGGCACUUUUGACAACAUCUAUCUGCAUGUCCAGAUCAGCAAUGAGUCUGCAAUUGACUUCUACAGAAAGUUUGGCUUUGAGAUUAUUGAGACAAAGAAGAACUACUAUAAGAGGAUAGAGCCAGCUGAUGCUCAUGUGCUGCAGAAAAACCUCAAAGUCCCUUCUGGCCAGAACGCAGAUGUGCAGAAGACAGACAACUGAACAAAUUACAGAUGAACUUUCUUGCACUUGCUUGUCGCCAAAUAAAAGAGAGGCCCAUUGAUCCCCCCCCCUUUCUUUUAAACCUUUCCCCCUUCCUCGUUCUUGUGUUUCCUCCUUUCAAAACUUCCUUCCCUUUCCUCUAAAAGUUUUAAACUUUUAAGGAUUUAUUAAUCAUGUUUGGAUUGUUUUAGUUUUCUUAUUUUUAUGAGGUUGUUUGAUUGUAGGAAGGAGAAGGUAUAGAUCUAUUUAGUUUCACAGUUAAGAUAUAUGGUCCCGAAAACUUGAGUGUCAAUUUCAUUUUUUUUUUUUAAUGUCCUGCUUUCACAUUGAAGGGCAGAGCCUACAAAAUAUUGUAUAUUUCAAAGGACAAGAAGCAGCAGCAGCAAUAUCUUGUUCUCUAACUCAUAGACAAGUUUAGUGUGUUUGUGGUACUUUGGGGUUUUCAAGAUUUUGUGGGAUACUAAUCCCUAUACAUUGCCUUCACUCCACCUUUUGUCCUUCUGAGUAUUAUCUCAGGAGUUGGACCAUUGUUAUCCUUGUAAGAAAUACUAAGUUUAUUUUGUUCUGUUAAGCAGUUAUUUCUUCCUUCCUCGCUGGUGGCUGACGGUGGCUGGGACAGUCUGAGUAAGUAGUAUUAUACUUUGGUCUCAGCAUUUGAGUUAAACUGCUUUUUGCUAAUGAGUGGGCUGGUUGUUAGCAGGUUUAUUUUUCCUGCUGUUGAUUGUUAGAAGUGGCAUUAACUUUAGGAGUGUGGGCUGGUGAGAUUAAUUUUUUUUAAUAUCCCAGCUAGAGAUAAUGGCCUUUAACUGACCUAAAGAGGUUUGUUGUGAUUUGCUUUUUUUUCUCCUGUCCUUUUUCUUCAGUAAAUCCACAAUAGUUAGUCAAACCUUAAAAAUGGAGUUGAUGUCCUUAUAGGUCAAUGCCCCUAAAUAAACCUGAAGCAGGUGUUGUCUCUUGGACAUAUUAAAAAAUACCUAAAAGGAAGCUUAGAUGGACUUGUGGCACAAUAAAUGCAUUUAAUGUCAGCUAAUGCAGACGGUUAGAAGUGUGGCCACUGAGCAUUUGAUUUUAGAGGAAGGAAUAUCUAGACAGUAUUUUUGAGAAUAACAUAGCUGUGCUAAUUGCUUAUCUGUUGGAGAACAUCCCAGAUUUGCUUACAUUCUGUGCCUGUGAUAUUGAGUUUAAGGAUUUGGGGGUGGGGGAAUUAUUAAACAUAUUGCUUCUAUUCUUGGAAAAAGUAGAAGUCUAGAAGUGUUAAUAACGCAAAUGUCACUGUGACCUCCUCUACUGACAGGACUGGUUUAUGCCAGAUCGUUUCCUGGCACAUAGGGAGUGGCUUUGACGGGUCGAUAACUUUUUGUAAGAUAGAAGACAUCUGAAAUUCUCAUGUUUUCCUCCAUAAUCCCAUCUCCAAUAUUUAAAAUUUUCUACAUUGCCAAUACUGGUGGCCCAAGAAAUGUUUUCAUUAGACUUUAAAACAAUGCACAGAGCUUGAAUUUUCUGUCAUUUGACUUUAAAAGGAAGAUUGAUUCAUAAUAUUUAUCCUCUUAUGUAAAUUCUGGCAUAAAAGUUUCAUCUCUUCAAAUAUGUUGAAUGACAAAAUUAUUUUACACAAUGUUUAUGCACAUUUUAUAAUCUUAAGUUCUUAUUUGAGAAUGUAAAAAUACAAGGUACAAUAGACUUCAGCAGUCUUAGUUGAGUGCCAAGUAUAAUAUAGAAAAGGAAGAUAGUUGAUAAAUGAAUUUAUAGGGUUAUAAUCUUAAGAUAGUAAAAAUGUAGAAAGACCAUGCUGGUUUCUUGGGUAUCCGUUUCUUAAGCAGUCCAAAUCUAAGCUUAGAAGAAAAGUUUAGCAUUAAGCACCUUUACCUUCAUGGAUAAGCUUCAGCUUGCUCUUGCCAAGAGAAGAAUGCUUGAGUUACAGAAGGCAUAAUUAGUUUGAAGAUUCAGCCUUUUUGUAAACUUCGCAUAUCAGAAUAGAUUUUGAUAUAUAAAUGAGUUUUGUGAGAUGACACUGCCUCUAUUUCUAUAACCAUUUCACCUGGACUAUCUAAUCAGUCCUAUGAAUGUAUCCCUGAAUGUGGUUAAUGAAAACCGAAUAGCUGCCUCAUGACAAUUAAGUACAUAUUAUUUAUGGAGGAAAAAAUAUUAAAUUUUGAAUUGAGUGUGUAGGCUCCCUAUCAUUUUAGUGUUUCUUUUUCCACACUAGUCACUGACUUUAACCUAAAUUGUAAGUGUUUGUAAAGGGUGAAUUGUCCUACAUCAAACUUACAUGAAAUAAUUCCAUCCACUUAUGGAGGAGGAGGAUGUAGAAGAGGUGGAAGCUGGGCACUAGUUCACGUGCCUAUGAGUCAGUAAAGACUGAAAUAAUGUCCCAUGUUCAGUUGGUUAUUUUGAUAAAAAUUAUCGUUGAGGUAAAUUCUAUUAACUGGAAGAUCACAGGAUAUAUCCAUCAUAUUUUUCAGGGUAGAUAGUUUUUUUCUGUAGGGCAAAUAGAUAAACAUUAUAUUGUAUGGUAAUUGCAUUUAGGUUCUAAAGAAAAGAAUCAGCAGAGAAAUCUAUGCAAUAUAUAAUUUGUCCAGAUUAGUUUUCAUUUGGGGAAAGAAGUUCUGAAAUAUCCCCAAAGUGGCUUACUCAUCAAUUGAAAGUCCUCCAAAAAUAGAACUAUUGGGAAACCAUGACAUAUGGGGUGGAAAAGAAAAGCUCUCCCUCAGUUUUUUGGAGGGAAUAACUUUAAAAAUACUUAAAUAGCUGAGUUUAUUUGGUGCAGUUAAGAUUUAAACUUGUUGAUUUUAACAUUGCUGUUACAUCUGAAAUAAACUUACAUGAUGUUCUGGUAGUAAUCUGUGAUGUCUGGUAAAUGUCAAAGAAAUGUAAAUGCAUUGUGUUGAAUUCUGAGAUCAGCAACUAUAUAUGUAGUCAUUGUUUACUGUUGCCCAUACUGGUUUAUGUACUUUCACUUUUCUUUAAGAACUAACUUAAAACUAAUUAAAAUAGGCCAAGUGUAAUUAAGGCCUCCUAA